AUGACUUCGGCGGACGAUAUCGAAGGAGUUACGGCUGUUCUAGUCGAUGAGACGACCGCUUUGCUUGCUCCCUCACCUAAGCAGCCGACAUCUCGUGAUACUGGCGACGAGCGUCAAACCUUCAGUGGUGGCAUCGACACAGCCGAAGACAAGCCCCUGCCCAAGGACCAGAUUCUAUACCUCUGCUUUGCGCGCUUCGUCGAGCCAGUUGCGUUCUUCUGCAUAUUCCCCUUCGUCAAUCAGAUGAUAUGGGAGACUGGGGAGGUGGGCGAGACAGAUGUCGGCUUCUACAGUGGGCUGAUUGAAUCAUUAUUCUCGUUAACACAAAUGUGCCUCAUGAUUCUCUGGGGUAAAGCGGCCGAUCACUUUGGAAGAAAACCCGUCCUCGUCAGCUCACUGGCGGGCGUCGCAGUCGCAACUGCCACCUUCGGGCUCAGCAGAACAAUAUGGCAGAUGAUCGUGUUCCGAUGUUUCGCUGGCAUCUUUGCUGGAACGGUCCUGACAAUUCGCACAAUGAUCACCGAGAAUAGCACACCGCAGACGCAAGCCAGGGCUUUCAGUUUCUUUGCCUUUACGGGCAAUCUAGGUAUCUUCCUGGGUCCGGCUAUUGGAGGCGCAUUGUCCAAACCUGCAACCGUAUACCCGUCUGUUUUUGGGAAGAUCAAGUUCUUUCGCGAUUAUCCGUACGCGCUGCCCACAUUUGUGACGGGCUCUAUAGGCGCGAUCGCAGCAAUCACGAGUGCGUUUGGACUCAAGGAGGCAUGUCUGUCCACACUCUGA